AUGGUACCGAAGAAAUCUGGUAUACAAGUGGUGAAAAAUGAGAAGAAUGAACUCGUACCCACUCGGAAAGACCAUUUUCCCCUACCUUUAAUCGAGCAAAUGCUGGAGAGAUUUAUGUACAUCCAGAAGAUCAAGGAAAUUGAAUUUUCACCUGUCCGUUUGGCAUGUCAUUUGGAUGUUGUAUUAAGGAGAUGUCAAGAAAAGAACCUCGUCCUCAAUUUUGAGAAAUGCCAUUUCAUGGUCCCUGAAGGUAUCGUCCUAGGACAUGUUGUAUCUGAGAGAGGUAUCCAAGUGGACAAGGCGAAGGUGGAUGUAAUCUCGAAGUUACGUUAUCCUACAAAUCAGAGGGAAGUAAGAGGGUUCUUAGGCCACGCUGGUUUUUGCUGGAGGUUCAUAAGGGACUUUGCAAAAAUUGCACAACCGCUUACUCGUCUCUUGCAGAAUGAUGUAGAUUUCGUCUUCGACGAAGCAUGUCAAGGGGCUUUCCAACUUUUGAAAGACAAGCUUGUACCAACCCCAAUCAUCAAAGCUCCUGACUGCACCCGUUCGAGGUGA